CUUGUUCAGCACGUCGCGCGCCAAGAAGGCCUCUAUAAAAGCGGAACACAAGCCUCUUAAAACAUUUUCCUCUCUCGGUUUUCCAUUGGAGGACAAAGAUUUCAGCCUUAAAACAUUCGAGAACUCGGAAUUGGUGUGUUAAUAUAAGAUGUCUGGAAGAGGAAAGACUGGUGGUAAGACUCGUGCUAAGGCCAAAACUCGCUCUUCUCGAGCUGGUUUGCAGUUUCCCGUCGGCCGUGUUCACAGGCUCCUAAGAAAGGGUAACUAUGCUGAACGUGUGGGUGCUGGUGCACCCGUCUAUUUGGCUGCUGUGCUCGAGUACUUGACUGCUGAAAUCCUUGAACUGGCUGGUAAUGCUGCCCGUGAUAACAAGAAAACUAGAAUCAUUCCUCGCCAUCUGCAGCUGGCAGUGCGUAACGACGAGGAGCUCAAUAAGUUGUUGGGUGGUGUGACAAUCGCUCAGGGUGGCGUAUUGCCUAACAUUCAGGCUGUACUUUUACCCAAGAAGACGGAGAAACCGGCUAAGAGCAAAUAAGCUUCUUUAGCUACUCAUUUCUAAACACCAACGGCUCUUUUAAGAGCCACUCAUUUAUUCAGACGAGCAAUUUUCCAUUGAAACGUAUUCUCAACGGGCGCUGAAUGUUUUAAUGGAAUGUAUAUUAAUAUAGUAGUUGGUAUUGGGUGACUAACGGUUCUGCUUACAUAAUGCUAAGUAAAAUUUUAAAGAUCUGUGACUUCACCUAAGCCGUUUAAUUAAUUUUAAAUAAAGUGUAAUAGUAGCCUG